AUGAAGCUGAAUAAAAUCUUAGCUCUUCUAUCUCUCACUGCCAAUUCGACGGCUCAUUUACAUCACCAGGAUGACGAGCUCGAUUGGACAAAAGAGCAGCUUGACGAACUGGAGGCUAAAUGGGGUCAAGAGGCAAGAAAUGGCCCCUUGAAGCCGCCUCAUGCCAUCUUGUGGUCAAUGACUGACAGUUUUCGCAGUGGGGAUUCACUGUGUCUCAUCGACCCCUCCAAGAGGUUUGACAUCGCCAUCGUUGGUGCCCCUUUUGACACGGCCGUUGGCUUUCGACCAGGAGCUCGCUUCGGGCCCAGGGCCAUCCGCCAAGCCUCAAGCCGGCAGAUCGCAUCGCGGGGCUUCAAUACGCGUGCUGGCAUUAACCCCUAUCUUGACUGGGCAAAGGUGAUUGAUUGCGGCGAUAUCCCCAUCACUCCUUUUGAUAACGACAUUGCACGCAAGCAGAUGUCGUUGGCUUUUGAAGAGCUUGGCCGGCAUAAGACUGUCUCCAACCGUAUUUCUAAGCCGCGGCUUGUAACCCUGGGCGGCGAUCAUAGUCUUGCUUUACCUGCACUAAGAGCUCUCAACAAGAUCUACGACGGACCUGUUCGAGUUCUACACUUUGACGCCCAUCUCGAUACUUGGAGCCCUACAGCCUACCCUUCAUACUGGGGCGCGACGCACUUCACUCACGGCUCCAUGUUCUGGAUGGCCCAUCAGGAGGGGCUUCUAUCCAACUCAAGUUCUAAGCCCUCUGUCCAUGCAGGCCUCCGCUGUCGCCUUGGGGGGAUCGAUUGGACCGAUUAUGAAGACGAUGCCUCUCAAAACUGGGUACGCAUUGCAGCCGACGAGGUAGAUAGAAGCGGUACAGACGGUAUUAUCAAGCACAUCAUGGACACUCUAGGGACGGAUGACCCCGUCUACUUGUCAAUUGAUAUUGACGUGUUAGACCCCUCAAUUGCCCCAGGUACAGGUACCCCAGAGCCGGGUGGUUGGACGUCUCGAGAACUCAUCCGAAUCCUCCGCGGCAUUGAAGGUCUGAACCUUGUGGGAGCAGAUCUGGUUGAGGUAUCUCCUGUUUACCAGAACCAGGGUGAAGAGACAACCAUGGCUGCGGCACAGAUCAUUUUUGAGGUCCUUACAUCAAUGGUCAUCCGAGAAUCUGACCAUAAAUCGAAGGAAGUUUACACCGUUCCGGGCAAAGGCGAGCUCUAA